UGUCCGCGAUGAGCUGCGGCCGCAAACGAUGCUGCUGCUCUUAGGUAGUACAAUCGAUUCCCGAUCGGUCGUAGAAUUUUUCGUGGCAAAAAAGUGUCUCCGAGAGGCAUGUGAGACGAGAUGCUCGAUCGGACGCCGCUCGUCGUAUGCGUCGCGGCGUUGAUCGCAUCGUUGACAGUUUUGAGCGGUGUCGAGCAGUCAGUGGCUGCGGUGGCGGCGGAGCAGCCCGACAGCAGCAGCAGCAGCAACAACAAAAACGAUGACAAUUACGUGGGAAAUUUGAGCGUCCGGCUGGUCUCGCCGGGCGACGGCGACAUUAACGAGGAGAAUUCGUCGAGGAUCGACGCAGCGAAGCUCAACGUUUCGUGGCUCUUGCCGACGACGAGCAGCGACGAUGCAGCGAAAAAGCCGUCCUUCUACAGCGUGCAGAUCACGAGCAUAACGGACGAGCAUCACGACGACGACGACGACGACUCGGGCUCGAGCCUCUCGCAUAAUUCGGCCUGCGGCGAGGGCACGAUUUAUCACGUCGUUCACGACGUCAACGUGACGUCGGUGCUGCUGCCCGAGUACCGCUUCGAGGACGACGACGACGCCGCGAUGGCGCUGGAGCUGGAGUUGGAGCCGGCCUGCACCUACAGGAUCGACUUCGUGGCCCAUCCGAGGCCCAGCAGCAGCGACCAGCUUACCGAUCAUGAUAAUUAUCGGUCCCUAUCGGUAAUACGCACGGUCGUAACUCUGCCGGAGUGCAUCGGUAAUUGGUGCAAUUGCGAGAGGAUCGGCCGCGGGCUGCCCGUGCCCGAGCUUCGCGUCCAAAACCUGGACGAUCAGAGCGUCCUCAUCGAUUGGACGCUCGGCACCGAUCGAGACAUCUCCGGUAACAACGACAGCUCGACGGCGACGCUCGUUCGGUCUUAUCACGUUAGCGCGGGAGUGCCGCAUCUGACGUCGGCCACCGGACUCGUUAUCUACAACAGGACGACGAUUUUUCGCGGCAACUCAAGCUCGUUCGUUUGGCAUCAUAACGACUCUUCGCUGCAUCAGCUGGGCGCCAAGAUCUUCGCCACCUCCCUCGACUCGCACGGAUGUCCCAGCAACGAGAGCUCCAUCUUUUUGAGGAAGCUCCGGCACGCGGCCUUCUAUAGGAAAAAUGUCGCGGCGAUCGUUUUCGUUUGCUUCAUUCUCAUGUUCUUUCUGAGCGGUGCAUUGGUGACCCUCGUGCGGCGUUGGAUGCGCAAGCCCGAUUACAAGUUCGCCAAUCUCGACAUGGACAAGUUCAAACCGAGGGCCUUCCUGCAUCAGCAGGAGUCGAUGUACGAGACGCUGCUGAACCAGCGCAACGUUCUGUACGUCGAGCAGGAGAUCGUCGAGGCUCGCCGCAAGGACCUGGCCGACGAGUACGAGAUCUCGUUCAAUCGGCUGAGCAUCGUGACGGAGCUCGGCCACGGCCAGUUCGGCAAGGUCUACCUGGCGCAGCUCGACGGCGCUGCUGGUGGCGAAGGCCGAAACAGCGCCUACAGCAACGCCAAUCUCGUAGCCGUGAAGAUGUCGCGAGCCCACGACCCCUCGGAGCUGCAGCAGGACCUGCUCGAGGAGAUCCGCAUCACCAAGCUCGUGGGCUCGCAUCCCCAUCUCGUGUCGAUGAUCGGCUGCUGCACCCUGCCCGAGAAUCCCAUCUGUCUGGUGCUCGAGUACAUGAAGGGCGGCGAUCUGCUGAGGUAUCUGCACGCCGUGAGAGCAGCCGGCACAGUCGAGGUCUCGUCGCCGUUGACCUUGUCCUCCAACGACAGCCCGGACGAGCUCAGCAUAGCCGAGACCACCUGUACGAGUCUUCACAGUCAAUCGCCCUCGAGUCCGUCACCGCAACAACAACAACAGCAACAUCAGCCACAGUUCAGCAGAGACUCUCGAGUUUUUUUUCCCAACAACGACAUCAAAGCGGUCGAGUCGGGCGGCUGCAAGUUCGAGUGCAGCGGUGGCGGCGAGCGAGUCAAGGGUACGCUUAGCCAUGCGGAAAUGAUGCACUUCGGCUUGCACAUAGCCCGCGGCAUGGAGCAUCUCGAAGCCAAGGGCAUCGUUCACCGUGACUUGGCCGCCAGAAACGUUCUCAUGAGCGAGCAUCUCGUUCUCAAGAUAUCGGAUUUUGGCUUGUCGCGACGAGGCGACUACUUUUCGAGGCGGCCGGGCGGCCAGAGGCCCCUGCCGAUACGCUGGAUGCCCGCCGAGGCGAUACGCCAGCGCAGCUUCACCAGCAAGAGCGACGUCUGGUCGUACGGCCUCGUGCUCUGGGAGAUCGUCAGCUACGGCGACUUUCCUUACCCUCGUCUGUCCGACGAUCGGCUGCUUCAUCAUCUGCUGGAGGAGGACGGCCGACCGGAUCUGCGAGAGCUGCAGGCCGCGCCGGCCGAGCUCAAGCAGCUGAUGAACAUGUGCUGGGCUCGCGAACCCGCUAACAGGCCGACUUUCCAGCAGAUCGUCAUGUGGCUGGAGAACAAGAUUCAAUCGACUUGCGAGAAUAAUAUAACGUACAAGUCGUCUGCUUGAUCUGUACAAUCGAUCUAUGCUCGGCAUUUUUCACACAAUUAUAGUUUAUUAAUGAUAAGAGAAAUUCACAAUUAAUACGUACUACUUUACUUUUUGACAGAAUGAUGUUCGGAAGCAUCGAUACAAAUUUACAAUAAAUUUUUGUAUACAGUUUAAUCAUUUUUUAAAUGCUUCUCAAACGUUCAAAAAUAAAAUUUUUUUUUAGUUACAAAUUACGAACUUUAUUAAAACAUCGUUUAAAGUUGGGACAUAUAACGUUUUUGUAUAUUUGGGGGACGAUAUCAAUUUUUAAAUUAUUAAUGAAAUUUCUAAUAAUUUUACCAAGUAUUAUACAAUAUUAUUAUCGUCUCAAAAGCGUAUAAAAUUCGAGCAAACCCUAAUGUUAAAAAUUUUAAUAAUAUCUUUUUUUUUCUUAUAUUCACUCGAACUGUGGAUCGACGGACCGAUCGAUCGGUUGACUAGAAGUAACAGAGUUUCAGGUCGAGAUGCAAUAUUGGCUACUCUCAGUGUAAUUCUUGAACAUCCAUAGUGAAUACGCAUAACAAAGUGAAUGAUGGAAAGCAGAAAGGACACAAUUAGCUUUUAUCCUACUAAAACUUUUUGUGUGUGUUCUCAGGUGAGAUUUACUGGGUUCCAAGUGUUCGCAUCAGUCAAUUUGGUUCUGUGAGGUUUUAUAUUGUUUUCGGACAAUUAGCCACAGUGGCAAACUCGGACUAGCUAAUCAAACUAACUUGAGCUACUAGUACGCACAAUGGAAAAGAAUUUAUUUUUUCAUCAUAUUUAACAAGUCAAUUGUACUUUAUCGUACAUGCAAGUGUAGUUGAAGUUGAUCGGAUAUUCAGUUUGAGGUUGCAACACUAGCCAAUGGUUCAAAGAAGUAAAUAAAACCUUACAGAAUUCAACUGAAUGAUGAAAACAUUUGGAAUCUAAUGUAUGUCAACUUGAAAGUGUUGAAUGCUUAGCGCCAAAGGUCUACAGUCUUAUGACAAUGUAUUUCACAUUGUUUAUGCAUCUGACCCGACAAAGUAGUAUAAAACGCGUUAUUGAAAAAUAAAUUUAUGCCUGUUUUUUAGGAUCUAAUUUCAGUAGCUUUUACAGUCUAUUAUACAAAUGUAGUAAGUGUAUAUAAAAGUAAAUAAAAACGCAAAUUGAUGUAAUUAUAAAAAUAUAAAUGAAAUUUCAAUAGGGCAUAUUGAUCAAUUUAUCCUCGUUUUCUGAUACAUACUUUAAUUUGAAUAAAACACAUUCAGGAAAUCGGAAUUUCAAUAGAUUCAACGUCGAGCUCAGCUGGGCAUGUGGAUGAUGAAAUUAUCCGAUGAUUACUUUUUUUGAGAAAAAGAGUUUUCAAAGUAUAAAGAGAGAGAGAGAGAGAGAGAAAGAUAGAGAGUAAUUCUGAGUUUGAUGAGAAAAGAUUAAAACAUGCAAUAUUUAGAUCUUUGAGAUCUUCUUCUUAAUCUUUCUGAGCUGUACAUGUGCCCAUGUGCGCUAAUGGUAGACACACCUGACAACUUAUGACUGACUGUCUUUCCCAUUUAAGAUUAUUUUAUUCUAUGGGAGCUUCUAAUCUAAAUUGAAUGCAAUGUCUAAAUUGUGAAUAAAAAAGGAAACGCUGAGAAACGUUAUAAGGCAAUGUUACUAAAUGAUUAUCAAAUUUUAGGUGUAAAAUUAAAAAAUAAAUAUUUCAAGCACAGCAGAAGGCUUUCGAAGAAAGCUCGAUCACAAGCAUUAAAUUUAUAAUGAAUGUUAAUUUGAUUAUGAAUACAAUAAAACAUUUGGUAUAAACAAUGACAAUAUCUGAUUAAAUUAUUGGUCCAAUUUUAGUAAAAAAAUUGUUUACAUUCAUUUAUAUAAUCACCAAGCUGUCGACAAAAAAUCCAACUUAAUUUAUUGAAUCUUAACAUAAUUAACACAAUUGAUUUCUUCUAGACAAAGUUUGUCAAUAUCUGAGUUAGUACCCAUCCUUGAUUUAGAUAAUGCAGUUGGUGCAUUACCUGGUGAGAAGUUUAUCUGAGCUUAUUGAUAUAAAUACUGGAGGCAAUGAGUCUAGUAGCUUGGGUGACCUUACUGCAACCUAUGGUAAAUUGAAAAAGUUAAUGCCUACAUUUGCUGGUGGAAAUGGCAGUUGCACACAUGCAAACUAGGUAUACUGUGAAACUCUAUUGAUGUUUUAAUCAAAGUUGCUUGCUUUUUUAAAGAUAUGCGUCAUUUGAUAUUAAGGCGUUGUCUUUCCAAUAAUAACAUUUUACUUGCCAAAGGAUUGUCUGGUUUAGAAGGCUUUUCAUACUUAUUUGGACAUGUUUCAAAUGUCAGAUCUAUUGCU